AUGUAUGUGAUACGGUCUGCACUGCGAGCAUCCACAGGACGCGCUCCAGCACGAUUCAUCCGCGGCCGCCGCUACCCAUUGAUACCACGCAUACGCUCACUACACACCACACGCGCGCUCGCAUCCGCGUCGACACCGCCUUCAGGGCCAAACAGCACACCCGUUAGCGAAGAUGGCGCCGAUAAGGCCGACCGCGAGAAGGCGGCAGCAGGGGAGCAGCAGGCAGAGGCGGAGAUAGCAAACGAAGACCCAGAUCUUUUGGCGCAGAAGGUUCAGCGGUCACGGGAGACAACACGGCGAUACCUGGCAGCGCAGCGCCGCCAGCAGAGGGGGAGAAAGGCGCAGGGCCUCCCACCAGUGAACGUCCCAGACUGGUUCCUGAAGAGACGCGUACUGCGUCGCGAGGAUGUUCCCAAAGAGCUGCAGCAGCACAUCACUCCCAAGGCGCUGUCGGUGUCAAUUACACAUACGGAGGCAGGAGAGAGCGCGACGUGUUCGAUACCGGCCUCCAAGGACCUGGAUGCUGUGAAGGUACUUGCACGGCUAGUUCGUGGCUUGUGGGGGCGGCGUCUGGAUGACCAGGAGAAGCGCAAGAUCGAACGGUACUUGGAAGAGAGAAUUGCCGCCGAAACCGAGUCAAGUCCUGACGCCGAAUCGUUAGGCCCCAACGACAACAAGGCACAUUCCAUGGGCGAAGAAGAGCUACGUAUGAGACUGGAGUUGCGCGAACAGCUCCUCAGCGCUACCCAGGAGUUGAAAGUGGAUCCAAGCAGAUCGCUCGCUGAGCGAGCAAAUGAGCUCAACAGCAAGACGCAGCGGUAUAUGCUCAAGAGGGAGCACGCCAAGUCAAGGUCGUCGCGAGGCUCAAAGCGUCUGUCGCCCGUCGUACUCGCCGAAGUUCGUGCCAGCAUCGCAGCGGCGCUAUCAUCGUUGCGCCCAUCGAUCGGCAGCACGUUUCCUGCUACCAAGACGAACCUGAUUCUACACUCGCCGGUGCCUGAUCACGAACUGCUGGUGGACAGGGCAGUGGAGGCCAUUGCUCUGGAGAUGGAUUCUGAAUUGGUCGUCUUGCGAGCCAACGACCUCGCACAGUUAGCCGGAGACUACCUCGGCGAGGGCGCAGAACCAUCGCCACGAUCGAUACGAUCGCUCGGAUACGAGACCUACCGCCUGAGCUCUGAGCUUGCCAAUGCUUUUGAGGACAUGGAGAAGGACGAUGCGGCUGAAGAAGACCCCGAAUCCGCUCAGCCUUCGUCAAUGGACCCCUCAGAGAAACCCAAGAUGGGCGCAUUUCCCCUUAUCUUACCCCUGUCUGCGCUGGCUUCGAUCAAGGAGCUCUCAAACAAGUUCAAAGCCGGGCAACCGAUUUCGUCGAGUCCGUUCGAGACAUCAGCCAACGCACUCGGUGACGAGCCAAGCCGCUUACAAAGCCAGAGCGAGAUACAGCUGGAGGACUUGAAGCUUGCGACGCUUCUCGAAGCUUUGGUCGAUGCUGGCGAGUUGAAGCAGAGUCGGAACAUCGUUGGCAAUGAAGGCUUCGAGCUGCGAACAGCACCAAAAGAAGGAUCAAAGAAGCGGAGGGGGAGCGAUCCCAACUUCUUCGACUACUCUGUCAGCUCUGAAGGGAUUCCGCUUGAACUUAACUCUGCUCUCCCAGAAGCCGCUAGACCUGUGAUAAACAUGGCUAUUAAUGUUGGCUCCGUUCCAUCAGUAACACAGGUGUCAAAGAAGUCGAAGAUCAUCUUCGUCAGGGACUUCAAGGAACUCAACGCCACACACUACGGCGGACGCAUCAUCCAGAAGCUUGAGGAACUUGUCCGGAAAAGACGGAGCGCUGGCGAAAGCAUCAUGAUCGUUGGUAGCACCUGUUCGCUGGAACUCACCCCUGACCUCUCAGCUAGUGGUGUUCGUGGCCUGCAGUCCGAAGGCGAAAGCACUUUCUUCAGAACCAUUGUCGUAGCAGCGGAUACAGACAAGACAUCUCUGUUGGAUGAGUCCAAUGCGAUGUCAAAGGGUGAGAUUGGAUCAGCAAUCUUGUCGCCGAAAGAAAGAGGCAAGUUCUGUGGCAUCAACAUGCUUCACACUCAAGACAUGCUACGAUCGCUGGACCCCGUCGCAGCUGCCCGCAUAUCGGAUAUGGAGUUGACUAUUCAACACCACCGAAACUUUGCAACCAUCAUACCAGAAGCUUACCUCAACCGAGUAUUGACGUACGACGAGGUGCAUAGGAUAGCACUGACAGCUCUUGGGUUGCAUAUCACGAACCCAACUGGAUCAACACAACUUGACGUCGAACAAGGCCAAGUAAAUUGGGCACAUGUCGCGCUAGCCAUGGGGCUGUUGAAAACCAGUGACACCGUCAAGUACCUCUCCUUCGACAAGGCACUGCAAAAGCAACAACCUCGGCAGGAUCUAGGCCCAGAAGCUGAAGCUCACGUGAAGGCGAAGAAGCGACACAGCGAAAUUGACCUGCAGCGCCAGCGCGACCUCCAGCGUAUCACCGCAACUGCGACCAAGCACGAGAAGCGCCUGAUAUCUGGCAUCGCAAACCCCGAUCAGAUCAAGACAACAUUCGAUCAAGUUCACGUCCCCAAAGAGACGAUCGAUUCAAUCCGCACCAUAACCUCGCUCUCGCUCCUUCGCCCGGACGCAUUUAACUACGGCAUUCUCGCCACUGAGAAGAUCUCCGGUGCGCUUCUCUACGGCCCUCCGGGAACCGGAAAGACACUGCUUGCUAAAGCCGUGGCAAAAGAGUCCGGCAGCACCGUGCUCGAAGUCUCGGGCUCGCAGAUCAUGGACAAAUACGUCGGUGAGGGCGAGAAAAACGUCGCUGCCAUCUUCUCGCUGGCUCGCAAGCUGUCUCCUUGUAUCGUCUUCCUGGAUGAAGCGGAUGCUGUCUUCGCAAGCAGAGAUGCCAUGCGCGAGCGCACAAGCCACAGAGAUAUCCUGAACCAGUUCCUCAAAGAGUGGGACGGGUUGAACGACCUGAGUGUCUUCGUCAUGGUAGCCACGAACCGCCCAUUCGAUCUCGACGACGCAGUCAUCCGCCGACUGCCGCGCCGUCUACUCGUCGAUCUGCCCACACAAGCAGACCGAAAGGAGAUUCUGCACAUCCAUCUCAAGGGCGAACAACUCGACCCCUCUGUCGACCUCGACGACCUAGCAAAACGCACACCCUUCUACAGCGGCAGCGACUUGAAAAACGUGGCCGUCUCCGCAGCACUAGCAUGCGUCAAGGAAGAAAACGAGGUCGCUGCCAAAGCGGCUGCAGAAGCAACUCUCACAACGCCCCCGCCGGAGGAAGAUAGCAGUUUUGCAGAGGAAGAGAAGGAUGAAGCAGCAGCACCAGCGUACUUGCACCACACCGACGGUCCGCCCCCACCACCCACACCAUCCUUCUCCUCUCCUCCAUCCUCAGAAUCCAUCGCUUCAAGCUCUGCGUCCCCAACACCGGCUCACCUUGUACAAGGUGUGAACUACAAUUUCCCCGCUGUGAGGACGCUGUUGCCGAGGCAUUUUGAUGCGGCAUUGCAGGAGAUUAGUGCGUCGAUCUCGGAGGAUAUGUCGAGUUUGAGCGCAAUCAAGAAGUUCGAUGAGCAGUUUGGUGAUAAGAAGGGGAGGAAGGGGAAGAAGGGGUUUGGGUUUGGGGAGAAUAUGGGGAAGAGGGAUGAAAACGCUGCAAGGGUGAGAGGAUGA